CGAGCUCAGUGACGACUUGACUGUGAGAGUGAGUGUACGGCUCGACUGGCCUCCGAUCCCGCAAUGCUUCUAUGAUAGAAAACCUCCUCCUCGUGUGAUUUCCGAGGGAAUGAAGCAGUUGUUGUGGAAAUCAUAUGGUAUUCUCCCAGCGGAGUGCGAAAUAUAAGCUGUGUUCGCCCGAGAGAAGCAGGUUUUGCUGUGAGGAAUUUUAGCAGCGUGUUGGAAACUGGUAGUGGUCGCGUGUUGCGUGGAGGGGCGGCGGGGCCUCCCUCACCUCACCGCGUCCAGCGCCUCGCCUCUUCCCCCUGCCAAGGCGACACUGCUCCACCAUGGACUGAUCCUGAGCCGCAACACUGUGCCUGGCUUUUUGUUUGGUUCGCCAUUAGUGGUGUUUUUAGUUCGAGGAGGAAUCAAGGCAGCGACACGACGAUGGCCUGGUUAAGAUCUCGCUCGGUGGUGUGCCCGGCGUUUUGUUAUUGGUGGACGGCUGUGGUGGUGGUGGUGAUCACGCUGCUGCAUCUGACCAGUGUGGUGGUGAGCGACGAACAGGUCCCAGGCAGCGGCUACGUGGAAGUACCAUGUUGCACGCAUCACUUCAGGCAUCAAAAAGACCACGUGCGAGAGUUCACAUGUGGCCAUCACUUCUACCGUACCUUCUACAUGGACGAGGCAAGGGACACGCUCUACGUCGGCGCCAUGGACAAGGUUCUCCGGGUUAACAUGAACAACGUAACGCAAACCAACUGUGAGAGUGACACCAUGACCUUGGAGCCAACCAGGGUGUCCAGCUGCCUUUCCCGCGGCAAGUCAGAGCAAUAUGACUGCCGCAACCACAUCCGGGUGAUCCAGCCCAUGUCCAACAACCGUCUGUACAUAUGUGGCACCAACGCUCACAACCCAAAGGACUGGGUCAUCUAUACCAACUUAACCCACUUGGCCCGCCGUGAGCACGUGCCGGGAAUUGGAAAUGGAGUGGCUAGGUGUCCCUUUGACCCUUCAGACAACAGUACAGCAGUCUGGGUAGAGCAUGGCAACCCAGGGGGCCUUCCUGGUCUGUACUCAGGCACAGUGGCUGAAUUCACCAAGGCAGACACUGUUAUUUUCCGUGCCGACCUCUUUAACUACACCACCAAGAGGCGAGAGUACCCCUUCAAGAGGACCAUCAAAUAUGACUCCAAGUGGCUGGAUAAACCAAACUUCGUGGGUUCCUAUGAAGUUGGGGAGUAUGUGAUGUUCUUCUUCCGUGAGACUGCUGUCGAGUACAUCAACUGUGGCAAGAAUGUGUACUCCAGAGUUGCCCGUGUGUGCAAGAAGGACACAGGCGGCAAGAACAUCCUGACUCAGAACUGGGCCACUUACCUUAAGGCUCGUCUCAACUGCUCCAUCCCCGGGGAGUUCCCCUUCUACUUCAAUGAGAUCCAGUCGGUUUACAAGAUCCCUGGUGAUGACUCGCGCUUCUAUGCCGUCUUCACCACCAGCAUGAAUGGACUCAUGGGAUCAGCUAUCUGUACCUUCAGUCUUUAUGAUAUCCAAGAUGCCUUCUUGGGUCGAUUCAAGGAGCAAGCAACCUCCUCGUCUGCCUGGCUGCCCGUCCUCAUCUCCAAAGUCCCUGAGCCUCGGCCUGGCCAGUGCGUCAACGAUACUCAGACUCUCCCAGAUAAUGUGUUGACCUUCCUGCAGUCACACCCGCUCAUGGACGAGGCUGUAGCUCAUGAGCAUAACAAGCCAGUCUUCUUCAAACGGGACCUGAUUUUCACACAUCUAGUCGUGGAUAAGGUGACAGGAGGAACCUAUGGCCAAGAAAAUGUCUAUACAGUGUACUAUGCAGGAUCAUUGGAAGGACGAGUCUACAAAGUGGUGGAGUGGAUGGAUGAGAAUGAAGAGUCACACUCAGAGCUGCUGGAUGUAUAUGAGGUCACCACACCAGAGCCCAUCAGAGCCAUACAGAUCUCAAAAAAGCACAAGUCACUGUAUGUAUCCUCUGAUAUGCGAGUGCGUCAGGUGGACCUCUUCAUGUGUCACGGCCGCUACGAUAACUGCCUGCGCUGCUCCCAUGACCCUUAUUGUGGCUGGGACAAGGACGCCAACAUGUGCAAGCCUUACAAACCUGGGCUGCUGCAAGAUGUGACUGGCUCCACACCAGGCCUCUGUGAUGCUUGCAUUGCCAAGAAGAAGAUGGUAGUGACAUGGGGGCAGAGUAUCCACCUGGGUUGUGCCGUCAAGCUGCCACGCCCCAUCUCCCUGAAGGACAUCACCUGGCACCACUACUCUAAGGACAAGGGCAAAUAUCAGAUCAGAUACAGACCUGACAAAUACAUAGAGACUUCAGAACAUGGACUGGUUGUGAUGAACGUGAAUGAAGCAGAUGCAGGGCGGUAUGACUGCAAGAUGGGUGGAGACAUUGUGUGCUCAUACAACAUCACAGUGGAUGCCCAUCGAUGCUCAGCUCCAGCUCGAACCAAUGACUUCCAGAAGGUAUACAGCGACUGGUGUCAUGAAUUUGAAAAGUACAAGUUAGCCAUGAAGACUUGGGAAAGGAAACAAGCACAAUGUGCCAGCAGGAACAACAUCAGCCACCAGAACAGCCAUCCCAAUGACAUUUAUGCAAGGAGUAACCCAUUUGUCUGAUCACUUUAGAGAUGAGCAAAUCUCCACAACAACAGAUCUAGUGAGGGGGCAGUUGCUUGCUCCCUUUCCUAUUGGUGGUCAAGAUCUUGCCUGUUUCAACUGAUGCUGCAUUAGUAUCAUGUGAUUUCUCAAACAUAAUUGUACUGCUCUCAGAAGAAAAAAAAAUUGUUGCAGCAGACAGACAUUACCUUCGAGGUGGUUUUCAUUUCUGACAUUGUGGGUGAAAGACAAGGAAUGAUUGGAACUUAUAUGAUAUGAGGAGACAAUUAUAGUUGGUGACUUGUAACACAGUGUGACAAGAACUGGCAGUCAUUGAUGGUGCCACCAGCAGAAAGGUGCUAAUACUGUUAGGUGCCAGCAGUGCGUGUGAAACAACCAACAAGGAAAACGAAAGGUGAAAGAGAGUAACGAACAGGCAACUUGACCCAAAUACUCCAGUAACAAUCAGGGUACCAUUAGUUAUGAUAUUUAUUGAUUUUCCUUUGCCACACCUGACAAGAGGUUUUGGAUGUGAAAAGUUGUUUCUUAAUACUUUCCUUGCUCCUGGAUGACUGCCUGUGGGCAUUAUGGUAUCUGCAUUUCAAAAGGUAUGAGUGAACAGUGAUUCCUAGAACUUCAGAACAUUAAGAUUGAAGAGUGGACCUCCUUGGUUUGAACUUCCAAACAUAUCUUAAAAAUGAGGCCAUUGUCUCCUAUUAUUGUGUAAAAAAGAUUGGCAUUUGUUAAGACUCCCAAAUGAUGGACAUGGUGCAUUUAAUGGCAAAGAAGGUUCCUGGUAGGAUGUUAGCUUGAAAUUGUUUCUACUGGGGGUAAGGAAAUAAUUUAUUUCUAUUAUCUGAGGCAAAAAGUAGUCUUGUCUAUAUUUCAUUAUACUUGGGUUAGCCUGAUAUAUAUAUAUAUAUAUAUAUAU